AUGAUAACCUAUCAGAGAGCAAAUAGUUUAUGUAUUCAAACUCAUAACAAAAAUGAUGAACAUUCGUUGGGUGCACAAUUAUUUGCUGUGGAUCAACAAACCGGUGAUAUACUAAUUGAUCCAAGUUUAGCAGAUUUUGAUGCUGGAAUUUUUAAAAUUUAUAUUGACGAAUUUAAACAACAAUCAACCAAACCAAAAGCUACAAAAAUUGUACAGGCGCAAAUCUUAAGCAAAAAUUAUUCUAAACAUCAGCACCUAAAAGCAGCAUUAGCAGCAAAUGAACAAAAAUCUAAUAUGUCAGUCUAUUUUGCAAGUCCAGACUAUUACCGAACCUAUGAUGCCACUCAUCGAAAUAGAUCAUCGGUAUGCUUUCAUGCAACAGAAAAUGGCCAACUUAUUGACAGCCAAAAAGCUUUACAUGCUUUAACAGCUACUGUUGAUGCAGAUAUUGCACUUACAAAACUGUAUCAAGCAUUUAAGGUGACCAAUGUUGAGCCAUGCUUUCAAACAGAUCGUCGAAUAACGUCAAGAAUUUUCAUGUCUCGUACAACAAUUUUUUGGAUGGCAGUAUCAUUUGUUGGAAUGCUUAUUUUAUUCUGUUUUUGUAUGUACACAUGUUUUAUCGUCCGCUACAAAGAUUACAUUGAUGAAAAGAAAGCUGAAAUGUUCGAUGACAGAGAGGAUACUUUUCCACAACCGCCAAAAGAAACGACCACUAUUUCUUUCAUAAAUAUCAGUCAACUACCAACAAUACAGUACUGA